AUGGCCGGCACGCCGCUCUCUAUCACCCUCGUCCUGGUUCUCGGUCUGCUGUCUCUAACCACGCUGGCACUUCCCACGAACGGGUCGGGUCUCCUGGGCUCGAUCUGUGAAUGGGACAACGAUGUUUUUCCUGUCCUUUAUCAUGAAUAUUGGGAAAGCAGCUGCCCCGCGAAAUUUCACUUGACCCCGUCCGGCGCGUGCGAAGACGACCUCAAAGAACCCACAGGGGACAACCUCAAACAAGACCGCGAUUGCAGCAGCUUCUGUCAGAUGAGAACGACCUUCUCGUACGCACAAGAGCAGCCGUUCGUCCGCGCGCCGGGUUGUCAAGGUCCUCAGGCUUGCACCCUGUCUCAGUCCAUACAUCAAGGAUACGCCAUCAAGCUCAAAACCUCGAUCAGUUUUGGCAUGAAGAAAAUCCUCAGCAUUGGGAUCAACGGAGGCUAUAACUGGAAGGGCGGUACCAGCCAGGGGUUCAAGGCGUCUGUGACGCUCAAGACACGAGACGAUUGCGGCUAUUGGACUUUCAUCCCUUUCGCCAAGGACACAUGUGGAUCGUACACUGAGAAGCACCUCUACUGGAACCGUGAACGGGAAGGAUGUAUAGAGGUUCAGACCAUCGCGAAUCAAUGCGCCUACGAGGUGGUUCAUUUUAAAGGUAAUGACCAGUUCGCCAACAUCAACACUAUCCGUGGGGUCGCGGUAUUCGUCUGGGUCGACUGCGACACGUACGAGCCACUCCCGAACGAUCAACAAGCUCCGGCGCUCUCGCAUCCCGGCGUGCGCCUGCCCCGCGAUACUCCCCAGAUGGAAGGAUACAAGAUGCUCUGGAAAGCUUCUAUGAGUGGUGCCACCUUGGCAGCUGCCGCCGACGACGGCGCCGUCUGCAACCCGAACAAGCACGUCUGUACCUCGGACUGCGUUGAUGCCUUGAACGACAUUUACGCCAAUCCUGCUCGGCCUGUCUUGAUUCCUGCGAAAGAUGCGAAGCGUGACACCGGCGUUGAAAUUGCGGGCCUGCCUGGCGUCAAAUGUCACGUCUACCUGAGUUAUGACGAGGACUGGGAUGAGGACUGUCAAGUUCCGCUGCUCGAAGCUGCCGCGGCGGCUCAGGCCAUCCUUGACAGCCCGUGCAACGAUGGCGACGCCGUCAGUGGCAAGCAUGCUGUCCGUGGGAAAGGCAACUGUCAGUCGACCGUCUGGUUGUUGCGCGAGGGAGAGGAUCCUUGGGGUAUCUACCCGCCGUAG